AUGGCCUCUGCAUUGUCCGAGGAUCAGUUACAAUGCAGCAUCUGUCUGGACGUCUUCAACAACCCUACCUCCCUCCCAUGUGGGCACAACUUCUGCCUGGAUUGCAUCAAACAAUUCUGGGUUACAAGAAGACAUAAGCCUGCUGAGUGUCCGCUGUGCAAAGAGACCUUCAAAAAACGACCAGAACUCAGGAUCAACAUAGACUUAAAAGACAUCACGGAGCAAUUUCAAAGGUCUCUGAAGGACAAGCCAAGAUACAAACCAACCCCUGUGAUACCAUCGAAUAAAGAUAUUACCUGUGACGUCUGCCACGAAAUCAAGUCAACAGCAGUGAAGUCGUGCGUAGUGUGCCAGGAAUCCUACUGUGUAACCCACCUGAUAUCUCAUCUGAGGGAUCCAGUGAUGACAAAACACAGGCUGAUGGAUCCGUACACCUUUGUCAAUAGUCACAUGUGCAGUAAUCACAGAAAGCCGCUGGAGAUAUUCUGCAGGAAUGACCAAACUCCCCUGUGUGCAAAAUGCGUAGAGACAGAUCAUAAAUACCACAAAGUCCUCCCCAUAGAGAAGGAGUGCAGUAGAAUCAAGACUCAGAUGCAGAAGAUCGAAGCAGAGUUUCAACAGAUGAUUCAGGACAGAAACGUAAAGAUUGAGGAGAUCAAAAAUUCAGUGGAGAUGAGCAAAAAAAUCAAAGAAGAAGAGAUACAUAAGAGUCUGCAGGUCUUCACCAUGAUGAUUAGUGCCAUUGAGAGUAACCAGGCUUUACUCAUUGAGGAGCUGGAGAAGAAGCAGGAGGCAGCUGAGAAGAAAGCACAAGAGUUUGUCAGCAAAUUGGAGCAAGAAAUUAAUGAGCUGCAGAGGAGAUGCAAUGAGCUGGUUUACCUGGGGGACAGCAAUGACACACUUCACCUCCUGCAGUCCUUUCCUUCUCUGAGCGCUCCACUGUGCCCCGCGGACUGGUCCGGCGUUACAGUGCACUCAGACAACUACAUAGGGACAGUGAGGAGAACUUGCUCCAAGCUGGUCGACAUCUGCCAGGAGUUUGAAAAGAAAUUGUCUGCAGUUGAAGUGAGCAAGACCAAUCAGUAUGCAGUGGAUGUGACUCUGGAUCCUGACACUGCUGCAGGCUGGCUGAUUCUGUCCCCAGAUGGGAAAAAGGUGAGUGUCAGCUCCCAGCAGAGGAAGCUCCCUGAAAACCCCGGCAGGUUCGACUCCUGCGUCUCUGUUCUGGGGAAACAAAGCUUCACCUUUGGAAGACGCUAUUGGGUAGUUCAGGUUGGUGAUAAAACAGACUGGGAUCUUGGUGUGGCCAGGGAGUCCAUCAACAGGAAGGGGGCCAUCACGGUACGUCCCGACAGUGGUUACUGGGCGAUCUGUCGACGGAAAGGUGGCAGCCUGAGCGCCUGUGCUGGCCCCUCCGUCACCCUCCACCUCCAGGAAACCCCACAGAAAGUAGGCAUCUUCCUGGACAUUGAGGAAGGGGAGGUCUCCUUCUAUGAUGCAGAAACAAAGACUCACAUUUAUACUUACGCUGAAUGCACGUUCACUGAGGCUCUCUAUCCGUACUUAAACCCAUGUCUUCAUGACAACGGGAAGAACACGGCCCCUUUGAUUAUCUGUCCUGUCCUGUCCACUGAAGAGACGGUAGAGUUUUGA